AGACAAAAUAAACAUAUAGUUGAGCUGAAAACAAUAAGCACCACACAAAGGUAGAUUGUAGAUUGUAGAUUGUGUGUGUGAGAAAGAAAAUGGAAGGAAUAGGAAUGCAGAUAAUGGUGCCAGUAGUGGGCAUAGUAGCAGUUGCUGCAGCUACAUUUUAUGCUGUUAGCUUUGCUGAAAUUCGUGAGAAAUCUUUCAGAGAACUUGAUGAAAAAGAAGAUGAAGAUGACAUGGUUUUUAAGUACUCUUUGAGCUCCAAAGAACGUCGUGCCCGCAAAAAAGCUAACAAGAAAUCUAAUACUAAAACUUAGAGCAUUGUUACCACCAUUUUUAGAUGUAUUAAAUCUCUCGUGCAUUCGAUAUCAAACUAUUAGAUGUGCAUCGACUUGUUUACAUCAACCAGCAUCAACAAGUAUAACCUUUGUUUUU